CGACGGCGUCCGUUUAAUAACGUCAUGGCGUAUUUAUAAUUUGAAAAUAUUUGUGUGUUUUAUUCAAAACUUGUUUUAUAAUUUGUUUUAUAGUUGGUAAAAGUGAUCAUAAUGGAAACUUCUAUGAAUGAGACUGAGGCGCAUCAAUCGUUUCGAUCGCCGCCGAGGCGGAGACGCUCAACUUUCUUUGAACGGAGGGACUCGAUAGUUCCAUAUACACUGACCGAAAAUGUGAACCCAAACAAACCCGAGUCUACAAUGAAUGAGAGGCGCUGUGAAGAUAUGACGAGAUACUAUCAAAAACUGUUGGUUGAGAAAGAGAUGUGGAAGAAGCAAGUAAAUGAGAGACGAAACAAAUAUCAUGACCUGAGACAACAAUACCAGAUGGCAAUAAAAGCACCUAGCAGAUCAAAGAUGUCCUACACAGCCCUUUCAAAUGAAGACAUAGAAUUCCUCAAAGGCAAACCGAACAUAUCCAAACUCGCGGACAGUCAACAACAUUUUCACAAAUCCAUACUGCAGACCAGCGCUCUGUAUCGAAGAGCCAAUGAACUUGACAAUGUAAUAUUGAGUCAAAGCGAAAAAGUUGUCAGCACAAUUACAGAAUACAUACUAGAAAAUAGUACAGUAGGACCUUCACAAUGAUAAGGAAUCAAACCUUUUUGGAUUUGUACAUAGUUAACUGUAAUUUAGAAUAAUCUCAUUUUGCUACUGGCUAGAAUGAAUUUAGAUGCUGCAGGAGCAGAUUUGGAAUAUGUAUUUAAACACUAACUUAUAUUAUACUAACUGAUCUUAUUGGAUUACUACAAGAAAGAUAAUAGAAAGCCUAAAUACACAAGAUUUAUUUUAAUUUUGUGACCUAAAGGUAAUAUGUACAGGCUUAUGUGCACCAAGUAAAAUAUGUAUAUGACUCACAUGAUUAUUGAACCCACCCAUCACGUGCCAAAAGUAUGUCUAAUUUCAUCCAUUUGGUGUGCUAUGGUCAUUGAGAUCUACCUCAUCUUGCAUUGUACAUGUAUGCAAGAAGAGUUCAAAUGUUGAAUAUAAGGUAUGGAUAUGAAUACUAACAAGUUGCCAUAUAGCUAUUUAUAGUGGCAUAUUUAAACCUAGGUUAAUGAUAGUAUCAAACUGUUCAAACGUAUCAGUAGAUAUUAGUUGUAAAUAAUAUUAAUAUCAGGAAAUAACUGUGUAAAUAUUUUUAUAAUAAACAUUGACAUGGA